GAUGCUCCUGCCUCAAACCCGCAGCGAUCUCAGUGGUGGAAAUGUUGGACACGGGGAGGGUCGACUUUCAGAUGACAUUGACGCUAUGUAGAUGAGAGCGGGGAUUUGUGCUCCGUGGAACAUCCCUGGCCGAAGUUAGACGGUGCUUCGAGGUGAAGCUGCUCCCUUUUCGCUGCGUUGUUUCCCCGCUCUGCUCUGCUUGGCUCUCUCCUUCAGCACCACCGAGCUAACGGACAGCACCACUCACCUUUCCCCUCCGGAUCCUAGUUUGGUUCUGCUUCCCUUUAUCUUCAAAUGGAAAAUCUUUUCUUCGGUCUGCUCCGGGAGAAUCUGUAAGGACACAACUUUUAGAUGAACGUACGGAUACUAUACCAUCGCUAAAAAUUCUGUCUGGUAUAGAAGUUUGAUUGUGCGGUUUCCCAACUGGCUCGGUGUUCCCGCGUCUUCUCCUGAUUUCCUGCCCAUCUAACCUUCCCUUGGCUUGGUAACGAACCGCGAAGCUGCUGUCUACGUGGACCGGUGGGGUUAAAAUCUUCCGUCCGCCUUCCAGUCUUGUCAGGAAAUCUAAAUCUAAACAGAGAGACAGAGACAUGGCGACGAAUGGUACUAAAGGCUCUGAUGGACACGUUCUAACGGAGGUGAAUGCCGAGCCUAACGACAAACCCAAAACCUUGGUCGUCAAAGUCCAGAAAAAGGACCUUCCCGAAAGAGAGAACUGGACUGGAAAAUUUGACUUUCUCCUGUCUUGCGUCGGGUACGCAAUUGGACUGGGAAAUGUCUGGAGAUUCCCUUAUCUAUGUGGGAAGAAUGGAGGAGGGGCCUUCUUGAUUCCCUACUUUUUGACGCUCAUAUUUGCUGGUAUGCCCCUGUUUCUGCUUGAAACGUCCCUCGGUCAGUACACAUCGAUUGGAGGGCUUGGGGUGUGGAAACUGGCUCCCAUGUUUAAAGGUGUUGGUCUGGCCGCUGCAGUGCUGUCUUUCUGGCUAAAUAUUUAUUACAUCGUCAUCAUUGCCUGGGCCAUAUACUAUUUGUGGUCCUCCUUUACUACCGAGUUGCCAUGGCAAUCAUGUGGAAAUUCUUGGAACACAGAGCGAUGUUACACCAACUACAGCAUCCUGAACGCUGCCAACCUCACCAGUGCUGUUCAGGAAUUCUGGGAGCGUAACAUGCACCAGUUAACAGACGGUCUGGAGAAGCCUGGGGAGAUCAGAGCGCCUCUAGCCAUCACGCUGGCCAUCGCCUGGGUCCUUGUCUAUUUCUGUAUCUGGAAAGGUGUCGCCUGGACUGGGAAGGUGGUGUACUUCUCAGCGACGUACCCCUACUUUAUGCUCUUCAUCCUCUUCUGCCGCGGCAUCACUCUGCCCGGAGCCAUCGAUGGAAUCCUCUUCUAUAUCACGCCCAACUUCGAGAAGCUCAAGGAAUCAGAGGUGUGGUUGGAUGCUGCCACUCAGAUAUUUUUCUCCUAUGGGCUGGGGCUGGGAUCACUGAUUGCUCUGGGAAGCUACAACCCAUUCAAUAAUAAUGUUUACAGAGAUUCUGUCAUUGUGUGCUGCAUCAACUCGUUCACCAGCAUGUUCGCUGGCUUAGUCAUCUUCUCCAUUGUGGGCUUCAUGGCCAACGUGACUAAGAGGCCUAUAAUAGAAGUAGCAGCCUCAGGUCCUGGCUUGGCGUUCUUGGCCUACCCUGAGGCAGUAACCCAGCUGCCGAUCUCUCCUCUCUGGGCGAUCCUCUUCUUCUCCAUGUUGCUGAUGCUUGGAAUCGACAGUCAGUUCUGUACGGUGGAGGGGUUCAUCACUGCGUUGGUGGAUGAAUUCCCCAGAGCUCUGAGAGGAAGAAGAGAACUCUUCAUCGCUGCCGUCUGCCUGGUCUCUUAUAUCAUCGGCCUGUCCAACAUCACACAGGUACAGUACACACACACACAGGAUGAUAUACAAAACAACACUACAAACAAUAGAAAACAUGGUCUGACACCACUGGGUUUGACUGACACCCUCUCAGUGGGCAAAACUGGUCGAAAAGACGUCAGGCUUCGACCAAAUAACAACCGAAGCUAUCGUCGUCGAUGUCGUCAUGAAAAUACGUCUUUAUCUGGUUGUCAUCUCGACAUUGCUUCAGCCAGAAAACCCCAAUUUCAACCAGAAAAGGACGUCCCUCUAAUGUCCCAUGCCAGAUAUUGCCAGCUGAGACUAGACUUUGGGUGUAUUGUAUGA